GUUCAGACUAGUAAAAAAAAAUAUAAUGUUAUUUUAGUUAUCUAACUAUUGCCCCUUAUUAAAGUUCGCUUAAUUUAUCUACAGGUAGUGAAAGGAUAAUGACGUUCUCUCGGUUUCUCCUUCUUUCGAGGACAUUGCCCCCACUGGCUCUCUUCUUUACGUUACGGAUUGUGGUACUAAACAACCUACAGUAGUAUAUUAAAACAAAACAAAAAUGUACCUACUUAAUGUAUUUAGGUACGCAUUCUCGUAGUUCAGAAAAGAUUCUAUGAGAUUUGUAUUUUUCGACGCGUAAAUGCAUGAUACCUACUAAUAAGGAAGGUUUAUGUUAUAUUUUUUAUAUUUCCUUAUCGUCAACAGCAGUGCUCGAACGACACGGAUAAAACCACUGGCGGAGCGAUGAAAUUUUCGAGCGUUGAUAAUUUUAUGGAGAAUAAUGGUUGUGUAGCAUAGAAUUUUGUAUGAAUAAACAGGUAAGUGCGUUAGGAUUACGUAUAUAAAUAAAAAAUUACACAAUUUUUCCAUUGUUAUAACCGUCAUUUGUUACAUUAUGUAAUUGUCAUUGGGUAUAACUUUAAAAUGUAGCGUUAAGUCUCGUAGUCUCUAAUUAUGACACACUGCACGGAAAAAUAUUCGAAAGUAAUUACCCAUAGGUAGGUAGGUACCUACCUACAGGGCCGUCAAAUAAACGAAAUAUAAAAUUAUUUUUAUUAUAAUUAUACAUUUUUUUCGAAUACGAAACUUCAAAUCCAAAUAAAUAGCGUGAGGUAAAGAACCCUUGCUCACUCUCCAAAAAUGACCCUGCCUACUUACUAUUAUUACUAUUCAAAAAUAAGAAAAAAUAAAAUAAUUUUAACUAUUCGUAUUAUUUUAUAGCCAGAAUAUAAUAUCAAUAGUAAUAUAAUUACGCCUAAUUAUAAUUAUAAUUGAUUGCUAAACACCAUUUAUUAUAGAUUAUAAUACCUAUGUAGAUGAUGAACAAUGACUGCAACAAAGCAUCCUACAGUAGAUUUUUUUAAAUUUACAUUAUUUAAUGUCAUACCAAUAUACUUUAUUCAAUUAAGCUUAUAUUUUUUUAUUCUGAGCUCUUGUCAUUUAAAUAAAAUUAUAAUUAAUUUAAACUUAAUAAUUUAAAAAAUGGUAGGUAAAAAUUAUUUUUCUUUAGAUUACCAAAUACAAACACUGUUAAACACCAUACAGUGUCCAAUAUUGUAGGUAUAGCAAUAAAAGUUAUUUUGUAUAAAAAGUUGAGAAGGUAGGUACAUACAAUUUAUAUCCAUAAACUAUGAUAAAUCAUUCUAUUUAAAUACAAUCCAGAGCAAAGUUAGACUUCAUAUUUUGUAACUUUUACGAUUUUUGUCAACAUUUGAACUUAAAACGCUUAUAAAAAAAAUUAAAUUCAAUAUAUUUUUAUGACUAAGUUAAAUUUGUAAUGAACUCUGUGUUAAACUUCCUUUGCCAAACAAUUUUAUCCAUAUACUAAAUAAACUUUUUUUUAAAAAAAGAGCAAAUUCAGAUAACUUUUAACCAAAUUACAACAAAAACCAAAAUCGAAAAUAACAUUAACAUUACUACUAUAAACAUUCCCUUAUUUUCUAUAUUUUUGUUUUAUUUUCCCUAAUUAUUCAAAAAAUCAAAAAAAUAACCGACUUAUUCACCAAUAAGAUGCAAAGUGCAACAAAAAAAAUCUGCUUUUUUUAUUGGAGCAAGAUAACUGAUAAAAACCUGGUUUAUAAAAAAAAACAUCAUACAUUUUUAACUACCUAAUACAAAAUUGUAAACAAAUGUUUAUUUAAAACUAUUGUUACUACAAGUAUUUGCUUUUCAUUAAAAAUAUUUUUACAGAUUAAACAAAAAUGUUUUUUUUUUUAAUAUUUAAUAUUUGUGACAAAUAUAUACCCUAAUUAAUAAUAUGAUUUAAUAAAUAAAUAUAUUCCUUUUUUUAAUCAUUAGAAAAUUUAAAAAAAAGUUUAGAAAGUUUAAACAAAUAGAUAAGAAAUAAAUAGAUAGAUAGAACUGACAAAUAUGAAAUAUUAAAUUUUAUAAAAUAUUUAUAAUCAUAAAUUAUAAUACCUUAAUUACUUUUUUAUCAAUAUACUGCUUUCACAAAGUAAAAAAAAAUUGAAUCUUUUAAUAGAAAAGUACACAGUAAAAUAUUGGUUGGUGGCAUUUUUCCUCAUAUUUAUCAAUUAAUUGAUCAAUAUCGUUGUCCAGAUCGCCACUUCUGGAAAACUAAAAUAAACACAAAGUGUAUCAAUACAUAUAAUAUAGAUAGUAUUAGUAGAUGUUAAAAAUGGCAGAUAUUUGAAGAAAAUAAAAAUCAAACAUAUUUGACAAAUUUAAGUCCCUAUAGUAUUCAAAUUAAUGAAUUGUAAUUUCAAAACCGUUAAAAAAAUCAAUAAAUACAUUAAACACUAAAUAUUGUAAAAAUGAAUAAUAAUACAAUAUUUAGUAUAGUAAUAUUAUAUAAUAUUUUAUUUCAUUGAAUAAAAUAUAAUAAAUAUAAUAUAUCCUGGUAAUUACAAACAGGUUGACAAAUAUAAUAAAAAUUAUUUCCUUUAACUUUAAAACAUAGUUAUUUGAAUUACUAUACAUUUAUUUAACUUAAUUUCCAAGCCAGUAAAAUUUGAUUCAAAAUCUCUAUCAUGUCUUAAGAGAAUAAAUAAUUUACCACCAUUUAGUUAUGUUUAGUAGGAUAGAAAUUAAAUAAAAUUAAACAUUUUUAUACAAAAAAUGAAAUUAGUUGAAACAAAUGGCUAUUAAAUAAUAACUGCUGAAGAUGAUGUAAUUGAAUACAUACUUAUACAUAAAGUAAAUUAUACUGAAAUUAGAAUUUAUUAUCUCACCAAAGAUACUAAUUCACAAAUUAGAAAAGCACCAAGAGUUGCUUCCUCGUGGUUAUCUUGAAUAUCAAUAUUGACUAUAUGUACUGGCUUAUUGCCAAAGCUUUGCAAACUUUCGAAAUCUUAACAUAAAGAAUAUAAUGAUAUAAUUAGUUUGCCAUGUAUAAAUUAAAUUAUUAAUGUUAACAUACACUCAAGUACUUGAUCAUAUACUCUUUCUUCACAAGUAAUGACUACGCUAAAUUGCUCCUUACACUCUUGAAAUCUUUCUGGAUAUUGCUUUAUCCUUCGAUUUCUAUCUAACAUAUUUAAUAAACCAUUUUGUGUGUAACUAAAUACAAAUUAGUUAAAGGAAUAAUUAACCAUAAAAAAAAAAAACACAAAAUCUAAAGUUUUAUUAGUGUAGUAAAACUACAACUAUUCUUUUUUAUCAAUAAUUUCAGUGAUUAUGUUCAUAAUAAUAUUAUUGCAUAGUCAGUAAUAGUUAAUUAUUUAAUAAUAAAACUCAUAAUUUAACAAACUCUAUUUAAUUCUUAUUUAAAAUAAUUUAUAAAUUUGUGAACAAUUUACAAUUAUUAAGAUGGUACUUUUAUGUUUUUUUAUUUAUAACCUUGAAUAUGAAACAAGUUAUGAACUUGACCUUAUAUGAUCAGUUCCAAACCAAUACCAAAAGUUAGCAAAUAAUAGCAAAUCUUUUUUGAAGUUAACAAGUUAAAAUUGUAUUUUUGCUAAAUUUGUUUAGUUAUUUCUCCAGUCCAUUCGCAGUACUCUAAUUAAUUCCAAUAUUCUCCAAGUCAACUUAAUAUGAGUUUUCAUUUUUAGUUUGUUUAAUAUUAUGCUAAUUAAUCACCUGUUAUCCCUACUAUUUUUGUAUUAAUUAUGAAUGAUAAUGAAAUGUUAAUUGUAUGCAUACAUUAUUUCAAUGUAAUUUCUCAUCUACUUAUCCGUAGUAUACAGAGAUAUAAAGAAAAAAAAAUAAAACAUUUUUUUUUUCAACUUAUCUUUUUCUUGUAUCAAUAAAAAUAAUUUUGGUAUUAAAAAUCACGGAGGCAUAUUCUUUUUACCCUUAACAGUAUAUUGCUUUACUGUCUAUAGCAUAAUAUUAAAAUAUAAAAUAUUAUUUUUUUAGUUUAAUUAUUCUUUGAUGUUAUGCAUGUGGAUUAGCUGUUAUGUUUAAGUUUCUUUUUUCCUUAGGUCAGUGUUUUUCUCCCAUUCACUAAAUCCUUGAUCAAGUAAGUCAUGUAGUGAAAUGUGCACAAAUAGACCUUAUUACUUAUUUUUGCUAUUUAAGUUAAUUGAUUUUUUUAAUACACAUAAUUAUACAAUACUAGGAUAUUUUAUAGGAGCACAAAACAUGAAAAAUAAGUUUCUGUUAAUUUGAGAUAAUGUUCAAUUCUUAAGACAAGAGUUAAAGUAUUAUCUUUCUAGUUACAUUAUUCAAUGAGUUAUGAGAAAUUGAAAAAAGGACUUGUGCCCCAUGCUUGGUAACUUUUUUUUAUAAAUUUGCUAUUAUUUGUUAACUUUUAGUAUUGGUUUAGAGCUGGUUAUAUCAAGUGGGUGGGCCAAGUUCAUGACCUUGACUUAGUUAUAGUUCAUAUUUUAUUUUAUUUAUUUGUGUUCUAUCAAAAAAUGAGGUAUAUAUAAGAGCCUAUCGGAUACCAAUAAAACACUAGUGUCUAGAGACAGCACAAGGAAUAAAUUAUAAGGGGUUAUAAUAGGCAAUUUCUUAGUAUAAAAGAGUACUACAUAAUAUUCUUUUUAGAUAAUGUAUAAACAAAUUAAAAACGUAUAUAUAAAAAAAAAAAUUUAGGCACAAUAAAAUUACUUAAGAAUAAAUAAGGAUUUCUACUUUAGUUCAUUUCUCAGUUGGUUACUUUGAUUGCUUAUAAUUCGUUAAUAAAUUAUUAAAAAUAUAUACAUAUACAGAGUGAUCAAUCUAUCAUAAGACACUCAUUACCUAGAAAAGUAUUAACAUUUUUGGAAUUUGUUUUCUAGAAAAUUUAAGAAACAAGUUGCUCCACAAUUUCAUAUUAGUGUUAUUUUUUGUCACCCUUAUUUUUGAGGGUGAAACGACUACCUAAUUUUGAUUUUUAAAGGGCAAUCUAUACUGAAAAUUUUAUAAAUAGAUGAAGUAGUAGUUAAAAUGCAUUUUGGUGUUUAAAUUUUUAAUUUCUGUCAAUCUGUUAACGAGAUAUUCGACUUUUAAGUUUAGGUCAGGGAGAAAAGUGGUACAUUAAAAAGCUGAAGCUAUGCCGCCACACAAAUAAUGCUUUACUACUCUCCCCGACCCAAACUUAAAAGUCGAAUAUCUCGUCAAAGGAUUGAUAGAAAUUAAAAAUGUAAACACCAAAAUGUAUUUUAACUACUACUCCAUCUAUUUAUGGAAUUUUCAGUGUAGAUUGUCAUUUGAAAAUCAAAAUUAGGAUGACAAAAAAAAUAAUAUAAAAUUGCAAAGCUGCUUGUUUUUAAAAUUGUCUAUAAAACAAACAUCAAAAAAGUUAAUAUUUUCAGAGAUACGAUAGAUUGAUUACCCCGUAUUAUACAUAUAUUUAUUUAUUAUUUAUUAUUAUUAUACAUAAUGUACUUUUUAAAAACUAUUAGAUUUUAAAUUAUUGAAUAUAUUGUUUAUUGUAUAAAGAAAAUUUGAAUCACACAAUAACUGAUUAGUAACACAGUCUUAAGUUUGGUAAUUCAACUUUUACCAGCAGUGUUGUUUUAAUUUCUUACAUAUUAAAUAGCUUUUGUGGUAAAGAUCAAGUAUAAUUUUAUAGAUAUUAGAAAAGCUUUGAUAAAGUGGACUACUUUCUGAGAUUUACUCUUACAUUGUAUAUAGAAUGCAAGUUAUAAAGAUUUAUAAUAUAAUCUUCGAUCGAUUCCCUAUUACCUCUGGAGACCCUUAAGGUCCCUCAAUUUAAAAUCUUCAACUCAAUUGGUAAGUGGAUAACUAAGGUGGAAUUCCUCCUAUUUGCUGAUGAAAUCAAAAUAUAUUUGAGGAUUAACACCCUUAUAGAUUGCCUUCUAUUCCAGGUUGAGCUUGAUAUAUUAUGCAUUUGGGCUGAGUAUCUUGGUUUAACUUUUAACCUCCAUAAAUGUAAUAUAAUGACAUUUUAAAGGAGUUGCUCCCCUAUUUAUCAUAGUUAUUUAUUUAAUAGUACUUUACUUCAGUGAGUAUAUUGUGUAAAGUAACUUAGAAUCCUUAUGCCUUCUUUAAAUUUUGAACACAAUAUAAACAGGCAGUUGGAAAAAUUUGAAAAGUCUUACGGUUCAUGAAAACAAAAAAACUGUAUCUUUUACCUUCCUUAAUUUUCUUUGCAUUCUUUACUUUGCCUUGGUAUGCUCUAACAUAAAUACUGUCCUAGUUUGAUUCUAAGGCCUUACUUUUCAAUAUCUUAAAUCUGUAUAUUUGUCAUGGUUACAUUUUUAUAUUAUUCUAUUUAUGAUAUAAAUGCCAAAUGGCUAUUAUAAAUACAAUGGCUAAGAUAUAGAGAAACUACAAUAAACUAAUAAUUUAAAAAGUGUAAAUACUAUAGCAGUUGGGCACAGUUAAUGAAAGUUCUAGAAUAGACAGUAAACAAAAGAAAAUUGAAUGAGUAGUAUGAUGUGGACAAAGGUUAUCAAUAAAUGCUUAAUAAAACUUAAAACUUUUAGUUAUCUAUUAAUGACAAUAUCUAUAUGAUGGUUAAAAAUGAGAAAGCUUCUGUAGUGAAUACCAAGGUCUUUGAUAAUGAAAACACAUUCUAGUUGUACCAGAGUAUUAUGAAUUAAGUUCUUGAUCAAGAGAAGGUACGCACUUUGCACUUACCAACAUUGAGAGAAAGACCUAAUUGGGAGACCAAUCACAUAUUAAAUUGAAUAAUUUCAUCUCAUCAACUUGAGUUUUAAUUUUAUAAAAUCUUUUAAUACCAUUGGCAUAAAAAAGAAAUUAAGUUUUAUUUAUAUAACUAGAGAUAAAGUUUACAUAGAGGUAAAACAAAAAUGAACUUAAGUGGCUACUUUGUGGUACACCAGAAAUUUCAUCAACCAAGUUAGAUGAAAUACCGUUAAGUUUAACAAAUUGUUUCCAAUCAGAGAGGUAGGAUUGAAACCAUGAUAAAAGAGGAUCACCAAUCUCAAUAUGGUCAAGUUCACUAAAAAGUUAAUUAUGAGGUACAGUGUCAAAUGCUUUAGAAGUCAGUUAGAAAGACCAUCAAGUUUUACCGACAAGUUCAUAUAUAUGGUUAAAUGUGAAUCAUUAUGAACAUAGGAAGAAUCUUUUUUGGCAUAUAUUAUUUAUUCUCUUAUUUAAUCAAUGUUUCUUGAGAAAUUUUAAUUUUAAUAUUUUGUUGAGAAAAAUCAUAACUGCUUUUUAACAUUUUUGGUGACUAGUUUACGAUUUUCAUUUGAUGGAACAAGAACAUUGCAUUUCUGUUCAUAUAACACUUAUACAUUUAAAUCAAAUAAUAAAUUAAUUUUUUACAAAUGUGACAAACAUUCCCUGGAGGCUCAUGAGUAAAACAACUAUAUUAAGAUUCCUAAAAGUUAUUGUAAAGUAAAGGAUACUAAGAUGUAUCUUUAUUAUAUAGAUCUUUAUAAAUUUCGUCAUAUGAACAUCCAAAAUCAUAAAUAUUUGGUUUGUCAGGUGUUAUUCCGGGUAAUUUCACUUUAUCACCAGUUCCAAAUGAUCGAACAUUAAAACCUUUCUUACUGAAAAAAAAAAAAAUAAAUUGAAAAGUGAAAAAAAUAAAUUAAAUUAAGCUUUUAAAUAAUACUAUGAUAAUAAUAUAAUUUAAUGCAAUUUUAAGCACAAUAGAAAUGUCAGUCAAAUAUUGAUUAUCCAAGUAAUCAGAUUAUCAUUACACUUUGAAAAAUAAUAAGCAACCCUUCCUAAAAUAUAUAAUUGAUAAAAUAAUGUUAGGUAUUAAAACUAUUAUAAAUUACCAAUCAGAUAAACAAUACAUAUAAAUAUACAAACAGUAAAUGGAUCAUCCUGCAUGUGUACAUUUUGUUUAAUUAAUUUCCAUACUAUGAAAAAAAUUGAACUGUUAACAUUUUCUUGUUUUUUCUUAAUUUUUCUCCAAUUAUUAAAAAAAUCAAACAUCAAAUUUCUUAUGCACUAACUAGAAAUGAAUGGAAACUAAGUCACUCGUACUUAUUUGUUGAUACAUGCAUAUUGAGUGAAGCAUACCAAGUGAUGUAAUAUUAUACAAUUAUCUUUACACCAUCGUUUUAGUUUAAUAAUUUUAUAAAGGUCUCAAAAAAAAUAAUAAUGAAUAACUUUAUGGUACCUAACUAAUGUUGUCCACUGUCACAUUACAUCAUAAUAUCCUACUUCAAAGUGCUAUAACUUUGAAACAAAGUCCAACCAAUAAAUUUUGAUUGUACCUACCUUCAUAUUCAAUGUCUAAAAAUACAUUUGUUGAAAAUCUAAUAAUAUGCAUAACUAAAUUUGUUUUUUUUCCUUGAUCUUUUUUUAUCAGUUACCCAUAACAUCCAAGCAUAAUUGUAUUUGUUUUAUUUUACUAUUAAUUAGUAUUGGUGGAGAAAGUUGAGAAACACAGUUCUAUUGGAAUAUUUUUGGCUAUUUGUAAAUCAUAUUGUUUAAUCUAUAGAUACCUUUUAAUUAAGGAAAAUGUUAAUUGAUAAUAGGUAUAAUUAAUUAAUACCUAUCUAUAAUUAAGUACUAAUAAGAGCAAUGACGGAACAAAAUCAGAAAAAGGUAGCUAGGAAACCUCCCUCCAAAAAUCAAAUAUUUAAUAAAAUUACUACCCUAUUUUAUUAAAUAUUCGUGUUCAUUAUGUAUAAGCAAUUUGAAUAGAUAGGUAAUAAAUUAACUUAUCUUACCUUAAAAAAGCAUGAGAUUCCAUACUACGAUUCAUAUUGCUUGAACAAACCACAGCUAUUGUAAAAGCCUCAGUCGCCAUAGUUAAAAUGGGUUUUUUUUCAAGAUUGCCAAUAAUGCCUAUAAUAUUUUAUCUAUUACAAAUUGAAUUUUAUUUAUAAAUAAUAUAUUAUUUAUAAUGAUAAAUAGGUACUAAAUGUAUAACCAAAGAAAAUGUUAGUUCUGUGUCUGUUUGUUACAUACUUAUUACAUUAAAAUUACAAGUAUAUUUUUACAUCAAAACAUUGAUAAUAUGUUACGUAAUACAUACUUACUCGAAUAAUAAUCAAUUUAAAUUUAGAAUUUCAUAUUACUAAUUUUAAUGAGAAAUUUUUUUAUCUACCUACCUGCCUAUAUUCUCAUAAAUCAAUAUUACUAAAAUCUAGACUAAACUUAUGUCACUCAUGAUAAUACCAAAAUUUGAUAACAGAGCAGUAUUACCACAGAAUAGAUAGAAUACUACAAACUAUAAAAGGUGGAAAGUUAUGAAGGUACAGUGGCGGAUCCACGGGGUGGGGUUUUUUAAUGAACCAACAGUAAAUGAACAUUUUUAUAUGAAAUACAGUUUUACCAUAACUAGAAAUUGCCGAUAUAUAAUAUAAGUAUAUAGUAUAGUACUCGUAUAAGUUUUCUAUAAACAAUGUUCACUGGAUAAUAUUUUAUGAUUGUUUUUAGCUGAGUGCAUUAAACGAAUAUAAUUCUGGUCAUAAAAGUUAGUUGGCACACUUAUUAUGACUUAUUAUGACUAAUUUAGUAUUUAUUUUAGUGUAUGUUCAAAUGUAUGUAAGUUUUAGAUUCUGAGUGAAGUGAGUGAGAAAUGUAUUGAUUUUACAAUGAUGUUCAUUUUUUUUUAUACUGUGUAUAAAAUUUCUCCUAGAAAUAUUGCUCAACCAAUACACAAUAGAAGAUUUUUUUUGUUGAAUUUUGGCUCUAGAUUCUUUAUCAAUACUUUAGAAAAGUCAUUUUUUUAGUUUCUAAUUAUUAUUUGAGAUAAUGAGGAAAAGCUGAUUCUUUAGGGUUAAAAGAUUAAAAAUAAAAUUGGUAUUGGCAACCGUUUUUAUCUAUUUAUCGUUUUAUUAUUUUAAUAUUUUAACCUUUUUAAACAAUUAUUGGUGUCGUCAAAUCUCACCAAAAAAAGCAAUACUAUUUACCGAAGUCCGCUCAGAAUCGUUUUUCGUUAGCAAUCAUUAAUCGUUGCGUACAGAUAUAAAUUAAAUUCCUUUCUAUAUCUUCCUUUCCUACUCACCUACAACAGUGAUCCACUCGUGGUGCGAAGUAUGUCUUUUUUGUAAGUAUAAUGGUAUUUUAAAUAGACACCUAAGGUACCUAUUUUGAAUAUUUUUGAUAAGUAUGUUUUAGAUUUUAAUAUAAUAUUACUUUUUGACAUUUUUUUUUAUCGAGAUUCCUCUUAAUAAACUAGCCAUUUUUAUCUCUUUUCCGGUUUUUCAUCUACACAAAUCUCAUCGUUAAUAUUUUUUUACUACCUAUAUAUCUUAAAAUUUUACCUUAUUUCAAUAUCCCAAUAUUCUUAAUCAUAUUUUCUCUCGUUUUUAUCUCCUUGUACAACUUAGCCUGUUCAUGCAACCAUCUUGAUAUUCUCAUUUCUCAUUCUCUUUUUAAUUUUACUUUCGUUACUAUUUCAUCUCUUUUAUUCAAUGCCCGUAUAGUCUCACAACUACAAUUUAAAGUAAUUUAUUAUUGUAGAUAUAUUAUACAUAUUUAACAUUAAUAAUUAUGAUUGAAUCCUUACUUUCUAGUUAUCUGGAGACAUGGCAACUCGGGGUCUUUUGAUUUUAAUAUCUUGCGCGUGCUGUGUCUACGGCGAAUACGUUGAACCUGGUCCUAGGUACAGAUGUCCCAAACUGGGCAGUCUUUCCGAAUUAGCGCUUCACCCUUGUCGGUGCACUGGAGAUUCCGAUGACGGAUUGGCGUUGCACUGUGAAAACAGCAACUUGGCCACAAUAUCCGUUGGGCUGUCUAACGUCGCAUCACUCGGAAACAUGGUCGUGGACAAUCUAACCAUAUCGUCGUGUAAUAUCGGUAAAAAAAGAUCGUAAAUAUUUUGUAUGAAUGUUUCAGUUAUUAAUAGUUUUAUUUUUUUGUUAUGACAUUACCAUUAUCAUUUUUAUAUUAUAUAUUGUAAUAACUCUAUAGGAUUUAUCUGCAGGAUUUGACAAUAUGUGUGUGUAUAAAAAUAGUCAAAUCCAGAUACAUUCUAAACCUAUAAGUGGGGUGGCCAAUAUGAGUAUGAUAUUCGUGAGUCACACGGAUAAACACGACGAUAUCAAGAGCUCAAAUAUUUAUAAAUACAUUUUAUAAUUGUAUGUAAUUGACCUAAUCUGUACAUUUUGACUACAUUUUUUCAAAUACUAGAACCGAUCACAAUAUUUUUAAUAGAAAAAAAAAAUUCUUAACUUUUUAAUUCUUAUUGGUUAAGAGAGAUAUGUUAUUUUUCAUUAACAUCAUGCAACAUUUAGCAAUGUUAAAUCUGUCUUUUCAAAUUUAAAAUAAAUUGGUUAGUGACCUAGGACAAAAUAUAGUAGUUAGUUUUCAAAACAAACUAAAACUUUUUAUAAGAGAUUUAAAAUUAAAUAAUUUGGUUCAAUUUUCAUGUUUGGGAAAAAUAUAACAGUGUUUGAUUGAAUCAGAAACACAAAUUAAUUGAAACGAUUAUGCUUGUUCAAACUUUAAUUUUGUAACUUGAAUUUCUGUUAGCCGAUUUCGUAGAACAAUUUCAAGACUUAAAGGUUUAAAAGCCUUCAUUCGAAUUUUUAGAAAAUCCGUUUUUAGUUAUUGAUAUUGAAAACAGAUUUUCAAUAUCACAUCUUAUUGUAACAAAAUAAGACCGAUCUCAAAAUAAAAUUCUUAUAAUUAUUAGAAGAUGAAAGUCUUAAACAGAUUAAAAACAAUUACCCCUCUUAAGAUCUCCACAGAUCUUAAGAAACUCAUGAAAAAAAUAGUCCCGAAAAAAAUAUCACGCAAAUAAAUUUUGCUUAACAUUUAUAUUUUAUUCGUCAUUCAUAUAUAUAUAUAUAUAUAUUUUUUUUUUUGCUUAUUUAUCUGUAUUUUAUAAUUCUAUACGAUAUAAACAUUUUUUUUUUUCAUAAUAAUAAAUUGUAUAUUAAAAAAAAUUUUUAAAAGUAAUAAUAAUAAUUGUGGCUCGUGACCUGUAAGUUACUUACCUACCCUAUACUCUAAACUAUACAGUCUAUAGUAUAGUGAAAAUAAUUAUGAUGGGAUUUCCUUUGUCAUAAAAUGUUUUUGUUAUUACUUAUUACCUAUAACUGCUAUAUUAUGUCUUAUUUAUAUUAUUGUUGUACAUAAUUGAUAAUAUAUAAAAGAUCAACAGUUUUGAAUAUUAUUAAAUAAUCAUUUAUUUUCAAAUAUACGUUUUUUCUAACUUUUAUAUUUUUUUGAAGAAAAACAAUAUUUAUUUAGUAGUUUGUCAUUAUUGGUACCUAUAAUGAAAUAUUAAUGUAAGCAGGAAACCAUUUUAGAUUACAUAUUAAACAAUAUUAAUGAUAAUAAUUUUUUAAAAAAAACGCAACUUAUUUUUUACAUGGAUAAAAUUAUUUUAAAGGUCGUUUAUUCGGAGAUAUAUUCUAUUCGACUCCUGUGAAUAGAUUGUUCGUAAAGGACACGCCGAUAAUGACAUUGGAUGAAGAUUUAUUUUUCGGAAUUAAUCACACGCUAUUCGAAUUGCAUAUUGUGAAUUCUAAAUUGGCCGAAUUUCCCUCGGGUCCUCUAAAAGUAAAUAUGAAUGAUUAUUUUUUGUUUCUAUACUAUUUUCUUGUGUAGAAUAUGUAUAAAUUGUCUACGUUACAUAUAUAUUACAGAUAUUGGGUAAUUUAAAAAUACUGAAUCUGGAUAAACAUGCCAUAUUCAACAUACCGACUAAUGCGUUCACUUCUAGCCAAUUGCCAACUCGUUUGGAAAAAUUGUACAUAACAAAUGGGAAGUUAACUACCCUGUCUCCGGAAUCGUUGGCUCCGUGUAAAAAAUUAAAGUACCUCAAUUUACAAGGAAACGGACUAAAAACUUUGCAGAAAAAUCAAUUCAAAGGACUGAGAGAUGUGGAAACAUUAGACUUAUCUAACAAUAAUAUUACUAAAAUAGAUUCUUCUCAUUUUAGUGAUUUAACAAAACUCGUGUCGAUUAAUUUGGCUAAUAAUUCAUUACCUGCGGUUACAAGGUUUUAUUUAAAUUUCAGAAAUACAUAAUUCUAAUAUAUUGCGUUAUAUAAGGGUCACAAAUAUAUAAUUAAUUUUGUGUUUAUUAUGUUGAAGAGGAGCUUUUGCAAGAAACACAUUACUACGUGUUUUAAAUCUGAGUUAUAACAAAUUGACAAAAUUGGACUCUGAAUUAUUUCGCGGUAUGCGUUUUCUUCGGAGGUUAUAUCUUAGUGACAAUGAAAUUGUUCAAGUCGAACGAGGAACUUUUUCGUCAAUGACGAGAAUCGGAACAAUAGAUUUGGCUAGAAAUCGUAUGAAGAUUAUUGAUUAUCAAAUGUUUUCUGGACAAAAUUACGUAGAAGUAUGUAUAUAUUUUUAAUUUAAAUUAAAAUAUUUCAAUUUAAAACACCUACGUAGGUAUAGGUACCUAAUAGAAAUAACUUCAAUUUUAGAUCAUUGAUUUGUCCGAAAACCAAAUAACAAAAAUUGAAAAACUAUCAUUUAAAAAUCUUUAUUUGGUUCAUAUUAAUUUGUCAAAAAACAACAUAUCGGAAAUUGAUAGUGAAGCAUUCGAAAACUGUGCAAACAUCACAAUUUUAGAUAUGUCGUACAAUUCAAUAUCUAAUAUCCCGGCCACUGUAUUCGAUAAUAAUACAUAUGCUACAGUAUGGCAAUUAUCUUAUAACGAUUUAACAGAUAUGUCUCAAGUAAGUUAUUUUUUUCUUCUGUUAAAAUCAUUUAGGUAAAAUAGCAACACCCCGGGAAAAGGAAACACUUGUACAACAAUAAUACUUAACUGCAGCAUUGAACAUAAAUGCUAGAGAAUCUAGGGGGUCUGUCUAUUCGCAGUCGAUUAGAGCAGUAGUUUUCAACUUGGGGUCACGAAUGAUAGUUAGAGGUCACCAAAAAUCAUAAGUAUCAUAUGUAUAGGGUGGUCAUAAAUGAAAAAAAAAUUAGGGGUCGAAAUUCGUAAAAGGUUGAAAACCACUGGAUUAGAGCACUAUCGUUAUUAUUUAGUUAUUAUCAUCCAACAUGUAUAAUAAUGUAGAAUAUAGAUGAAAAAAAAAUUUUUUUUUACAAACGUGAAGAUCGUUGUAUAAAUGUAAAAAUAUUAUUAAAAUACUGAUAAUUAUACUUAAGUUUACUAUGUAGUCUGAUAACACAUUUUUAAUCCGAAAAUGUUAAGUUAUAACAACAUUGUAUUUUAUUUUCUCAUGAAGUAGAAAGAUAUAAAUUAAAUUAUAAUUUUAAUUUAUCUACAUAAAUUUAAUGCAUGCUAAAAGCGUUAAAAAUUUAAAUGAAUAUACUUGUAAAGUAGUGAAGUAUAAUAUUAUAUGUACAAUGCAUGUGCUUUAUAGGAAAACAGAAAGGUAUCAUCCUGUGUCCCUAAGAAUUUAGUGAAGGCGUACCAUCUUUACAUAAUAUAGGGAGGUAUAUUUAAUAUUAUAAACAAAUAUUUACAAAUUUUAGGUACCAGUUAGUAACAUGGCAGGCAUAAAAAUUUUAAACGUGACCCACAACCGAAUUAAGGCUAUACCCAAAGGAACGUUUCCAAAGCUAUAUGAGCUCCAUACGCUGGACUUUAGCUAUAACCGUAUAAAAACUAUAAGCCCGGCCGUGUUCCAGCCACUACUGAGUUUGCGGUCCAUCAAUCUCAGCCACAAUGCAUUAGAAGACUUGAAGUCUACGACAUUCGGCACUUUACCAACUGUACUCGAAUUAUUUUUGAACGAAAAUUCAAUAAAGAAAAUCAAUGCUGCGACAUUCGUCAAAAUGUCGUCGCUGAGUCACUUGGAUUUAACAAAUAAUAAUAUUGUUCAAAUACCGACGAUUCCCAUUUCACUGUCAAGUCUGACCGUAAGUCACAACAAAAUCCAAGAGGUUGGGCCGGAUAGAGCUUGGCCGUCGAUGAAUGCACUACUUUCAUUAGAUUUGAGUUACAAUCAGUUAGGCGAUAGUCUGAACGGUGAAUCGUUUUCGAAAUUGUUGUCUUUGCAAAGUUUAAUUCUGGAUUAUAAUUCAAUAACAAAACCGCCCGCCGAAGCGGUGAGCAAACUUGUUUCAACCAGGCAUCUAUCGUUGAGAGUAAUAAUAAUGAAUCGCAUUAAAACAUAUAAUUUGUAUUUCAAUAAUAUAUAUAUAUAAGUAAUAUUAUUUUAAUGUUGCUUAUUUCAGGGCAACAGUAUUUCAGAACUCAGUUCUAAGGCAUUCGGUGUGUUGCCCGUAGUGUUUUAUCUAGAUUUAUCACAAAACAAUAUAACCAAAAUAGAAUCUCAAUCGUUUGACGGACUUUUACAACUACAAUUAUUAAAUCUUACGGAAAACGGUCUAGUUGAAAUACCUAACGGAGCGUUUAAAGGCGAGUUUAAUAAAUUUGAUAGGUAGUCUAUUACAUACAGUGUUAAAAAAUGUACAUGUAUACAAUUGUAACUGCAUAGUGUAUAAUCUACAUUUUUAUUUACAAAAUAUUGUGUUAAACAACAUAAUUUUUUUUGUUUUAUAAUUUACACUGUAUAGAUCAUACAUUUAUAACAUUUACAUGUAUUUGUAUUAUCCUUAGGCUUAGUGUCUUUGACGACUUUAGACGUCUCGUAUAAUCAAUUGAGUUCUUUGGACAACAAGACAAAUAGUUUAUUGGAUGAUUGUCUUUCUUUAAAACACGUAAAUAAUAAGUUACCUAAAUAUCUAUUAAAGUAUUAUUUAUACAAUUUAAUUAAUAAUAAAUAAUAAUAUUCUAUAAAUUUGACAGUUGAAUUUAAGUCAUAAUCAGUUUUCAUUUUUCACCAAAAAAUCAUUUCCGAAUCAUAUGUACACACCUAGUUAUUUAGAAUCUAUCGACAUGAGCUUCAACGAAAUCCCAAUUGUAACGUUAGAAAUUACUAUCGGGACGAGCAAAGUUAAAUAUCUUAACUUAAGCCACAAUUCUAUUGACGAAAUACGGCCAGGUAUAAUAUUAAUAAAUACACAUAUGAGUACAUUUUAUCAAUAAAUUAUAGUAUACUUGUUAUAUAAUAUGUAUGUUUUUUUGUUUAGGUGUACUUGGAAACUUAACAUCGUUAACGGUAUUAGAUUUAUCGUUCAACAAUUUGGGAACAAUGAACAAAGUAGGAAAUUUACCUAAGAAUAUGACUACCUUGCUGAUAUCUGAUAACAAAUUGACCAAACUUUCGAAAGAAAUUAUUAAUUUCGUUCCAAAUUUAAACAAUUUUAACGUAGAAAACAAUAAAUUUAAUAAUUUCCCGCCUGCCUUGGCUAAAAUCUUGUCUAAAGGACCCACGAUUUCAUUUAAAGGUACUUAUGGUUGUUGUAUUAUUAUUAAAAAUCGAAUUAAAUAUAACAAAUUAAUAUAUAAUAUAAUAAUUCAGGUACCUACCUAUCAUAAAAUCAAGUUUUAUAAAAGUAAUUUUGUACUUAUCAUAUUAUAAAGAUAAAAUUGAAUUAAUAUUGAAAUAUAUAUAUAAAAUUGGUAUAUAUAAAUUUAAAUGUGAAUGUAAUACAUUUUAUAUAGGUAAGAUAAAUAGAAAUUUUAAAGUAAGAUAUAAAGAACAUAUUUCUGAAAUAAAAUUUAAAAAGGGUGCCCCUAAUUCAAAUUUCGCUAAACAUGUUUUAGAAAAUAACCAUAAUAUGAGUUUUGAUAUUAAUACAGACUUAGAAAUAUUAAAUACUCAAAAUAACAUUAACAUUAAUUCAGUUUUAGAAGAAUUACGCGUACCUAAUGAUAAAGAAAAAUAAUUGUAAUAAUAUUUUAUAUGUUCAAAUAGAUUUUAAAAAUAAUAUCUUAUAUCAAUACAUUUUAGAUAAUAAAUAAUAACCAAAUAAUUUAUAUUUCUUAACAUCUAUGUCUAAUAAUAACUAAUUUUAAAUAAUCUUUCCUAUUUAAAAAAAUUAUUUCUAUAUUCUAUGUAAAAAGACCAAUUUUGUAAGUUUUUUCUAUGUUUUCCUUCAUUUAAUUUUAGAUUCUGAAUGUAGCGCGGGAGCUAUUAGUUUUACCAGGAAGUCUUUUUUUUUUUUACAUUUUUUCUUCUAGUCUGUGGACACGUUUUUUCCUAAUAAACUUGCUCUGAUUUUUACGUGUAGCAACUUUUCUCAAGUUGUUUAGAUGGUACUUUAAAAAGGUCAUUUUUUUUUUUUUUUUUUGAUUCUCGAUGCCAUAGUUUAAAUAAAAGCACUUAAAUGGGAUAAAAACGUAGAAAAACAUACAAUUUCAUGAUUUCAUUAUUUUAUAACAAGACGAACUACGUUUUCUACCAGAAAAAAAUAUUUAAUCGAAAAAUUACAAGACACUUCUUUUGUUGUCUUUUUGGUUUACUUUCUUAUAGUAUCAUCGCCAAAACAUUUUUGUUGCUAAAGACCGAAUUUAUAUGUUCUUAAAAUCUACAAGUUACACUUGAAAAUGUCAAAAAGCUUUGAAAAAAAAUCACUUGAAAAAUGUUUAAAAACUUAAAAAUAAUAAAGGGGGUUUAAUUAUCUCCCUCUUUAACGGAUUUUAUUUAUAAAUACAAUUUUCUAACACCACAAAAAUGAUUAAUAAAAAGUAAUUUUUUUUUUAUAGUACGUAAGAUUGUAUUUAAAAGAAAUUAUUUUGUAUCAAUUAUGAAUCAAUUUUGUAGAGUUAGGAAAUUUAAUUUAAUAUGUUAGAGUCAUUAGUGGGGAGAUUUUAAACUCCUUUAUUAUUUUUGCUUUUUUAAAUGUUUGUAAAUGCUUUUUUCAGAGAUUUGUAAAAGCACCUUUUUGUGGAUUAUAAGAAAAUAUAAAUCCAGUCUCUAAACUAAUAUCUAUUGCGUAUGUAUAAAUACUAAUAUAACCAUAUAUAUUCAAAUGAAGUAGGUAUCACAUUUUUCAUGAAUUGUUGGAGUACCUGUCAAAGUUAGUAUUGAAAGCUUUUGUACUAAUUAAAACGUAAAAAAUAUAUUUUGUACAAUUUUAUAUAAUCAGUAAUAAAAGAAUAAAUAAUAUUACAUUAUAGGAUAAAAUAUAAUAUCAAAAAAAAAAAAAAACUAUUCUAAAAAAUAUGAUAAAUAGAAAGUAGAAAAAAAUCUAAACAAUUUUUAUGAAACCGACUUUUGUAAGCUUGACAUAAUUGUAACUUUUAAACAAUAACAUACGUACAUAUCUGUAGGAAAUCCUAUCGAAUGCGAUUGUACGCUAAUUCCAAUCAAAAGAAUGUUAAACUCUAAACUGAAUCCAGACCCACAAUGGACAAAUAUAACGUGCGUACAAUUAUUAACCUCAGAGGUGUCGUAUGUGUCAGAUUUAAGCGAAAGUGAAUUGAUUUGCGAUGUACCUAUAGACGACGGUGAUGAUUUUUUUACUGUGACGCCCGACGUAAAAUUUAGAGAAAUGAAAAAGUAAAUUGCUUCACAUUACAACUUAUAACUUUCAUACAAAAUUUUUGUUUUAUUAAAAUGCACCGUGCACUUUUGGUAUAGAAUUGGAAGCAGCUAUAUAAAAAUCGACUGGCUCGUGGUUCAAAAUAAAGAAGAUAUUGCUGAUUUCAUGAUAUUGAGCGGUGAUGAAAAAUUAGAAAGAAGGGAUUAUUCCAAAUUGGUUCCUUAUAAUUUACGAUCGCAAACUAUAAAAAGCCAAUUUGUUAAAGUAAACUAAAAAUAAAAAUACAUAUUUAUUUUCAAUAGUAUGAAACUUUAACUAUAUGGUAAAUUUUAUUAUAACUAUUUUUACUAUUUCAUAGGAUUCGACGAAAUUAUGCAUACUACCAAAAGAUAGCUUCGGCAACGAGAGAUCGAUGAAAAAAGGACAAUGUAUUGAUAUCGGACAAUUGGCUACAAAUAAUGCCAAUCGAAAUCCGAAAAAAAUAUAUUUGUUUUACGUGAUAUUAUUAUUAUUGAUUGCACAUAUGACAUUUUAAUAAUAGUAAAAAAAAAAAAAUGAAUUUCCAAUUUGUUACAUUUAAUUUGUCCAACAAAAGAAACAUUUGCUCAAUUUUAUAUUGAUAUUAUCAUAUGUUGUAUUUUUUAUUUUUAUAGUUACCACUUAUCAUAAAUAUUAUUAUUGUAACAUUCUAUAUGAUAUAAUCAGGGACGGUGUUAAUAUAAUUUACACAUGUGUAAUAUCAUAUUUUACCAAUCUUAUAUAAUCCACUAGAAUAUUAGGAGGGAUGGCUUAUAUUUUUUACAAGUAAAAAAAAGUCGUUAAAUCUUUAAAACUUUUGCGCAUCUAAUAAAUUAUCUUAUAAUUUAAACGUGCCUCUUCAUUAAAUAAAAUAGGGUAUUGGUAUACAAAUAUAUUUGCUAACCUUAUCUGAAAUUCCAUUCAAUAUACUAAUAUUUUACUAUACAAUAUUUGUUUUAAUUAUUUUGUGCUUAAAUUCCAGUAUGAUAUAAGGCAUCUUUGUCUGCAAUUAUUAAUACAUCAUUAAAUCUAUUUUAUUGUAGUUUAUCAUAUUUUAUUUAUACAUGCAAUAUUUUAAUAUAACUGGCUUUUCAAAAAUAAAUAGUGAUUAUACAUUUUAAAAAAGUCGGAUAUAAUUACUUCGCAUUGUUGUAUAUAGGUGACUAGUUUUAAGCAUAGUAAUCAUAAUUAAUUAUUAUAGGAGUAUAGGUAAUAAGAACACGGUCAGAAAGAAACAUGCUGAGAUAACAGAAUGGAAAUAGAUACCUAUAUAAGACAACGUCCACUAGAAAGAGGCUGUUCCAUUUUCACAAGCUUUAAAGAACAGCAGUUGGGAAUGACGAUUGUUUGUUAAAAUCUGAGUAAAUUUUAAUAUAUUUCAAACUGUUUUUCGCACCUACUUACCUGUGUUUAUUUUUGUUUUAUUUUAAUUUUAAAAAUAUAUAUCUAAGAAUAUUUUUGUAGUGUAUUUGAGACGUUUGUGGCAG